UCUUUUCCGCCAUGUAUCGCACUUUAAUUUCCAUCCAGUCUCUAAUUUCUAGCCCCUCCAGUAGGAGCCUUUUGUCGGCAGGGGUUGGGCGGACAUUUUCGGUAAAACUGUCCAAAAUGGCAAGCACCAGUUCCUUUAGAAUUGAAUCAGACACUUUUGGUGACCUUGAGGUUCCAAACGAAAAAUAUUAUGGGGCACAGACAGUGCGGUCCACAAUGAACUUCAAGAUAGGAGGUGGGACUGAAAGAAUGCCUAUUCCAGUGAUACAUGCUUUUGGAAUCUUGAAAAGAGCUGCUGCUGAAGUCAAUCAGGAUUAUGGCCUUGAUCCGAAAAUUGCUGAUUUUAUAAUCAAAGCUGCUGACGAGGUAUCCUCUGGCAAACUGGAUGAUCACUUUCCACUGGUUGUGUGGCAAACCGGUUCUGGAACGCAGACAAACAUGAAUGUAAAUGAAGUAAUUAGCAAUAGAGCUAUUGAGAUGAUGGGUGGAAAACUGGGAAGCAAAGAUCCAGUUCACCCUAAUGAUCAUGUUAAUAAAAGCCAGAGCUCAAAUGAUACUUUCCCUACAGCAAUGCACAUUGCUGCUGCAAAAGAGGUACAUGAAGUGCUUUUGCCAGGUUUACAGAAACUUUAUGAUGCCUUGCUCUCCAAAUCCAAGGAGUUUGACCGCAUUAUUAAAAUUGGCCGUACACACACACAGGAUGCUGUGCCACUUAGUCUCGGACAGGAGUUCAGUGCCUAUGUACAGCAGGUUAAAUAUGGUAUACAGAGAAUCCAAGCCGCAUUGCCAAGAAUCUAUGAACUAGCAGCAGGUGGAACAGCAGUGGGAACUGGAUUAAAUACUAGGAUUGGAUUUGCUGAGAAAAUUGCUGCGAAAAUUGCUGAUCUUACAGGGUUGCCAUUUAUCACUGCACCAAACAAAUUUGAAUCUCUUGCUGCCCACGAUGCAUUGGUUGAAUUGAGUGGUGCAUUAAAUACUGUUGCAUGUAGCUUAAUGAAGAUUGCAAAUGACAUUCGUUUUCUCGCUUCUGGACCACGGUCUGGUCUUGGAGAACUCAUCUUGCCAGAAAAUGAACCUGGAAGCAGCAUUAUGCCAGGAAAAGUGAACCCUACCCAGUGUGAAGCCAUUACAAUGGUGGCAGCUCAAGUAAUGGGAAAUCAUGUUGCUGUAACCAUUGGAUGCAGCAAUGGACAUUUUGAAUUAAAUGUUUUCAAACCUUUGAUUAUAAGGAAUGUUUUACAUUCUAUAAGGUUGCUUGGAGAUGCAUCUGUUUCAUUUACCGAUAACUGUGUGGUGGGAAUACAGGCGAAUACAGAGAGGAUCAACAAAUUAAUGAAUGAGUCGUUAAUGCUUGUAACUGCACUUAAUCCUCACAUAGGUUAUGAUAAAGCAGCUAAAAUUGCAAAAACAGCACAUAAAGAAGGUGCUACGCUGAAAGAAACAGCUAUCAAACUCGGGCUAGUUACAUCGGAGCAGUUUGAUAAAUGGGUUAAUCCAGAAGAUAUGCUCGGACCCAAAUAAACGUGAAAAAACAUGUAAAAAUGACUUUCAAUGCUUGACAGAAGAUACCAAACAAUUGGUAUUAAUGAUGGUCUGUUAUCUACAAAAACUAUUAAAAUGAUCUCUGCCUCAA